AUGUUCGGCUGCCUGGUGGCGGGCAGAAAAAAGAGCGCGGUACAAGCAGCUCCCCAACAAGUGGCUGAAGACAAAUUUGUAUUUGAUUUACCAGACUAUGAAAACAUCAACCAUGUGGUGGUCUUCAUGCUGGGAACUAUACCAUUCCCAGAAGGAAUGGGAGGAUCUGUCUAUUUUUGUUAUCCAGACCAGAGUGGGAUGGCUGUGUGGCAGCUGCUGGGGUUUGUCACUAAUGAGAAGCCAAGUGCCAUCUUCAAAAUUUCUGGUCUGAAAUCUGGGAAGGGAAGUCAACAUCCCUUUGGUGCUAUGAACCUCCCUCAGACACCAACGGUGGCCCAGAUUGGAAUCUCAGUGGAACUGCUGGAGAACCUGGCCCAGCAGACUCCUGUGGCAAGUGCUGCUGUGUCAUCAGUGGAUUCAUUCACAGAGUUCACUCAGAAGAUGUUGGAUAACUUCUAUAACUUUGCUUCCUCAUUUGCUGUCACUCAGGCACAGAUGACCCCAAAUCCUUCUGAAGCUUUCAUUCCUGCAAAUGUAGUUCUGAAAUGGUAUGAGAACUUCCAGAGACGUCUCACACAGAACCCUCUCUUCUGGAAAACAUAAGCUUAAAUUGUGUCAUUUGAAGUGCUUUCUAAACGACGUUACCUGAAAGAUGCAGCAAGGGACUCCACUGCAGAAUUGGGGGGGGGAAACACAAACGAUUAGUCUGAACAGACAAACUUGUAACUUUUGUAUUACUCUUGAAAAUUAUUUAAAAUUAAAAUCCAUGAAAACUACUUGCCUACGCAUGAUUUUUUUUUUAAUUGAAGUACCUGCCUGCAACAAAAAAUCAGUGUUCUGUGUGCAUGUGUAGAAAUAUUCUUUUUAAGCUGCAUUUAGAGUGGAAGAAAGUACAAGAUGAAAAA